AUGGACGAUAGCGGCUUAGUUGCUGCCUUGAAGAGAGAGACCAACGAAAGAAAACGUGUCCAAUAUAUUAAAGAAUUACGAAAUAAUUUACGCCGUGAAAAUGGACGACUUCAAAUUACUCAACCGUCUCAAUUUUUCGACUUACUAUCCAAUAUCUUGUCAACUGAUGCAUGGAGUGUUCGAUUGGAAUCGAUACAAUUGAUAGGCGAUAUUUAUCCGAGCCAAUCGGCCUAUAUCGACAAUCACUUGGAAAUUAUUAUACAACCGUUAAUCCUGAACUUAGCCCAUAGCAAAGCCAAUAUUAAAACUUCAGCCAUUGCUACAAUCCAUAUGAUUAUGAAAUCGACCUCUCAUGUCCAAUCUAUUCUUGACAUGCUAGCAGAACAUGGAGUUUGUAGUCAUAUGCCUAGAUUAAGAUUAGAGUGUAUAGCUGCAUUACCGGUGCUAUUAACGCAUGAUUUUAUCCAAUACGAUAUGUACGAGCUAUUUUUUGGGCUAAUGGUCCAAUUGCAAAAUGAUCCUGAUGGCGAUGUUACCACUCCUAUGUUAGGUGUAGAGAAAAUUCGUAGUUUAAUAGGUGAAGAGAAAUUUACCUUUUAUCUUAAACGUUUGCCUAAUCGUCUUCGACUGUAUUAUAAAAAUUUAACCAAUCUGCAUGCUGAUCCAUCGUCGCCUCUUACUCAAGAAGACGAUCCAAUUUCUGUAAAUCAUAAAUCCAAUGGUAAUAGUAGUAAGCAACCAUUACUAAGUAAUAACAUGAAUCAUGGCGAUAAUAACACACAAGCAAAAGAUGAUGAAGUAAGAGAAGAAGAAGAAGAAGAAGAAGAAGAAGAAGAAGAAGAAGAAGAAGAAGAAGAAGAAGAAGAAGAAGAAGAAGUUGAAGAAGAAGAAGUGGAAGAAGAAGAAGAAGUGGAAGAAGAAGAAGAAGUGGAAGAAGAAGAAGAAGAAGAAGAUGAGGAAUCAGACGAAGAUGUCGAAGUAGGAGAAGAAGAUGAAGAUGAAGUAGAGAAUAACGUUCAUAGUCAUAAAUAUCAUGAUGAUGCUAGUAGAGGGUCGCCACCUCAACAUGGUAUUCCUCCAGGUCAUCAUUUUAACGAUAACUCUCAACAUGAAAAUAAUGAAGGUGACUUACAAUUUGGUUUUAUACCAUCUCAUCUUAUUGAAUAUACUAAACAUCAUGAAUAUAAAUGGAGAGCUAAGGGCAUCGAAGAAUUACAUUCACUUAUUUCUGGCCUUUACGAUUAUCAAAAAAUACGAUCGCAUCUUAAAGGAUUUGCUGAUUUUUUAAUUCAUUUACUUGACGAUAUUAACUUUAGGAUAGUCUUAUCUACUUAUGAUAUCCUUCAUAGUGUUAUUCGAAAUUUAAAUAUAUCUAUUCGACCAGCGUUGAAAAUACUCACUCGCGGUUUAGUUAAUAAAUUAGGCGCUCUCAGUAAUACUGUGAUGCGACAAAAAAGUUUAAAAGUGAUCCUCUGCUUGAUACAGAAAUCAUCACCUAAAACGAUACUAGACAUUGCGGCUACCAGUUUAAAUGACGAUAAUCCACGUCGUAAAGAAGAAAUUUUAAAUAUCUACAUUGCUGCUAUGUCAUUAUAUCCACGUACUGACUUCGAUUUAACAGCAACAGCCCAAGUUAUUCUACCGACACUAAUUGAUCCAACACGUCGUGUACGUCAAGCAGCAUUGGAAGCCAUAGCGGUUUUAGCUUCAUUAUUCGGCCAUAGUCGGCGUAGUGAAUUAAUGGCAAUUGUUACAAAAAUAGAAAAUAAUCAAAAUAUUCCUGGCCUAUGUCGUGUUGUGACAACACGCCUUAAUCGUAAGCAAUUAGCUCGCGUUGAUGAUCUUGUUCAUUAUCCACAUGCCUUACCGACAUCGGCGAAAUCAACUGGUAAACGCGACAACAAUAUGGAAGCCGAUAUUAUGUGGAUAUUACAAGGAGAAGGGCCUGAUCCUUACGAAAGAUCUCAAUCUAAUUGUUCAAUAUCAUCACCGGAAAAUCCACGCGUUAAUAGUGGCCGAAGGAAUCAUAGUGCUGGAAUAUCUCGUCUACCUUGGGAACCUGUCAAUAAUUUUCCACGAUCGCCUGAAAAACCCAAAACAAAUCGCAACGCAUCGUUAGACGACGGCUAUAAAAUGACUUUUAUGCGUGACUCUUUAUCACGGCUUAAAUUAUACAAUGACAACUGA